CAAACUGACAGUGCAGGCGAAGGGACAGACACGCAGAACAGAGCGAUGGAUGUUUUCGUUAUUAAAUCGGACAUUUCAGAAAUUUAAUAACAGAAAUAUAAGUGCGGAUAUUUUGGAACGACUUGCGGGAUUUUUUCCCCAUAUAUUCCGAGGAGAAAUGUGUGGACAUAUUCCUUGAAAAACACCGACUUUUCCAUGUUUGUUCACUGAUUUGUAUCUUGUUCGCAGUGAUUUCCAUUAACGCUAGCAAUAUUAGCCGGCUAAGCUAGUUUAUGCUAACCUUAUAUACCUUAAUCCUCACAGGAUGUGAAUGAGCAAAUGUAGCUAACUGUUCGCGUUGUCUUUCUUCGAAUAAUACUUCUUUUUUAUAUAUAUAAAAAAAAUUCACGAGUUCGUCAUCGACUGGACAGAGGUACGCUAUAAAUGUCUCGCGCAUUUAUUAAUUUUGACAGUUAGUUAGCAAAUUAAUGCAAGCUUAUCAUCACCAUAGUACACCAGUUAACUGAACAUAUAUAUAUUUUUUUUAAAUGUCAUUUCUUGUCGUUGCUUACGGUUUGUUAUAUUUCGUUAUUAUCCGUGUAAAAAUAUAAACGAGCCAUGGUUUUUGUGAAAUGCGUUUGGGAGCUAGCUAACAAUGCUUAACGAGUUAUGCUAGCAUAUUAGCAAGUAAACAAAUUGUUGGAUUUUUAAGCGCUUAAACGUUAAAACCACCUGCAUAAUUUUGCAUGCGUGUGUUGGUGGAUUAAAAAUAUUGAAUAAUAUUAUUAUAAUACCGUAGCGUUAUUUUGCUAGUCAGUUAGCUAGUAUGUGUGCAGGCUAGCUAACGCUAAUACACACCGCUAGCAUAAAGGAGGUUGUAACGUUACUAAUAAAACUUGCAGGGUUUUCUUUCUUCAGUUGGGUAAAGUGAUUUUAACCUGCAGAUAUCAUUCCGCGAACAAAGAUUUAUACGCGUUGUGCUUUGUUAUUUCUCUAAACUUCAAAGUAAUAAGUAAAGAAAAGACCGACAGGAAGAGCGAAGCUCAUGUAAGCUAGCUCAAGUAGCUAGCUUGGACGCUGUUGGUCCUGGAUGACUUUAGUCGGGUUUAUGACACACGGUGAACACCUGGGCGCUCGCGGAGGUUUUCUGGACCUUGUGGCUCUGAUGUGAGCAGGAUGGGAUCUCAGGGCAGCCCGGUGAAGAGCUACGACUACCUGCUGAAGUUCCUGCUGGUGGGAGACAGUGAUGUGGGGAAAGGGGAGAUCUUGGACAGCCUGCAGGACGGAUCUGCCGAGAGUCCAUACGCCUACAGCAGCGGAAUCGAUUAUAAGACCACCACAAUCCUGCUGGACGGACGGAGAGUGAAGCUGGAGUUGUGGGACACUUCAGGCCAAGGCCGCUUCUGUACCAUUUUCCGUUCCUACUCCAGAGGUGCACAGGGGAUCCUGUUGGUGUAUGAUAUCACUAACCGCUGGUCCUUUGACGGGAUCGACCGCUGGAUUCGAGAGAUCGAUGAGCAUGCUCCUGGGGUUCCUCGGAUCCUGGUCGGGAACCGCCUGCACUUGGCGUUCAAACGUCAGGUUCCCACAGAGCAGGCUCGCUCCUACGCGGAGAAGAACGCUAUGACCUUCUUCGAAGUGAGUCCGCUCUGUAACUUCAAUGUCAUCGAGUCGUUCACAGAGCUGUCUCGCAUCGUGCUCAUGAGACACGGCAUGGAGAAGUUCUGGAGGCCCAACCGAGUGUUCAGCCUGCAGGACCUGUGCUGUCGCGCCAUUGUGUCGUGCACGCCGGUGCACCUGAUCGACAAGCUGCCGCUCCCCGUCGCCAUCAAGAGUCACCUGAAGUCCUUCUCCAUGGCCAACGGGAUGAACGCCGUCAUGAUGCACGGACGCUCCUACUCGCUGGCCAACAGUGGUGGCAGCAAAGGCAACAGCCUGAAACGCUCCAAAUCCAUCCGGCCGCCGCAGAGCCCGCCUCAGAACUGCACCCGCAACAACUGUAAGAUCUCCUAGCCUGGACCAGGCGGGGGGGAAAGGAUCCAAACCCCGCCCCUAAACGCUUCCUUAGAACUGUUAGGAGGAUACGGAUCACAUCUGCUGCAGUCAGUCAGUCAGUCAUACCUACUACAACACACACACCGUCCUCCGUCUGUCUGGUGGAGAAUCUGCACAGAGCGAUCAGACGACCCUGAGAUGGUCUUCACUCAGUUCAUUAAGCUUCGGUUAGUUAACAGCAUGUGUUUUUUAGUUCAUCCAAGUUCGGAUAAACUCACCACAGAUACCGCAUCUCUCGGACCAUGGACGGCUUUUAAUAAACACGCGUGCUACACCGUGCCACAGCACACGACUGUUUAGAAGUGCUAGCAUAGCGGUGAGGUGGUGGUUCGCGCACACACUAUGAUGAACGUCGAUAGUGUGACUGCAUUUCGUUUGACUUUCUUCUUCUUCUUCUUCCGUCAGUCAUUUCUGGAUCAUUUCACGCAUCACGUCGAGCGCCUCCUCAGGGGACUGUUUUUGCUUUGAGUCCAGUCGAGAUCUCCUGCACUCAUGGUUCAUUUUGCCUAACUUCUUUUUGGUUUGUUUAUUGAAAGAAGCAACGUCAUCGCCCAUCAUCCCCCCCAACACCCCCUGAAGAACAGCCCUUGUGCCAAACCAUCUAGAAUCUAAUCUGGGGUUGUUCAAAUUUUUCGCUCGAGUUUAAAGAACUACUCUGGUCCUUUUGAGUCUAAUCUGUGCACUGUAUCCAUCCACAGUGUUUGUGUGAUUAGCACGCAGAACAAGUUUCAACAUGUUCCCCUGUACUAAAACACUCGUUCACAAUGGAAGGCAGUUCUGCAUUCUUGCUGUUGAAUAAACAUUACCAGUACGCAAUUAUAGAACCGGAAACUCUUACCAGUGCUGCUGCUGUUAAUCAGCUGCAACAAUACAGUAAAAAGUAGUUCCAGUUAUUUCACACUUCAGUCGUAUCCAUACGCCACCAGAGCGACGCACCUAUUCUAUUCGUAAAUAUCUCCUUCUGAAAAACAAGGAAUAAUUCCACAAAGUCAAAGCUUCGCUUACAAACAUCUUUGUUUUGCUAGACUCCUAAAUUAAUUAAACUUUCCCCUCCCCUCAGUGCAGGGAUCCUUAUCUGUAAUAAUCACACACAAUACAGAUGUGGUAGAAAAAGCGCUGGAAUAUUUCCUUAAAUGCACCGGAUCAGUUCGACACAUUUUCUCUACAUGUCGUCGUCCUGUUAUUUCAGUGUUUUUGUAGCAGUGUUGCUCUUAAAAUCUUCACAAGGCAUGGUUCGCGUUCGGAUUCUGAACACGCGAUUGCUCGGUUGAUUUAAAAAUCUCAGAGUGAAGAACCUAUAAAUAUUAAGCACAAACCAUAUAUCAAUACCAUUAGUAAUAUUUUUUUGUUUUUUUCCCCCCGAGAACCGGACCCCCAUUCCGACCGUGCUCCUGAUUAUUUUGAUGAAUUAUUUAGAACCCCAGUGAAAGGAGCAGCGACUUCUUUUUAAUCCUGAUGAAUAAUGAAUUCCCCUUUUUGCAGAUCUGCAGAGCAUCUAGUCAGCCUUGAAAACGCCACAUGGAGUGUCUGGUGUGCGCGCUCUCUCUCUCUCUCUAUUUAUCUAUAAUCUAUCUCAGGGAUUUUGCUCAAAACCCCCCCAAUCGAUAAACGUGCCACGCUAUAAAUAAAACCUCUGCUUCACCCUUAAGCUAAAUGCACCUUCCUGUGCUUGUGUUCGGGGAACAACAAAGCACCUGCACGUGAUCCGUCCGCUUUGGCCGUUUGGAGACGUAACUUCUGUUAUCAUUUAGUAAAGUUAAACUCCGUCUACAGUCAAGUUUUAGUCUGGAGGGCUGUGACUUAGUUAGGAAAAGUCCUCGGGUUUUGUAUUGUAAGGUGGGUCUUUGUUUUGUUUUGAUGCAUCUCGUUUUAAUCUGUCUUUUUCUGAACCUCUUUUACAUGGUUGCUUUUAAAAUUACAGGGAUCAUCUUCCAGAAGCAGAUUAAACCUAUUAAUGAAUAAAUCCGUUCACAGUCGAUACGUUUUGAUUUAUUUAUCUCCAGGUUUAAUCUGCGUGUGGAAAACGUGUCCUGCGGAUUUGGAUAUAGAAAAGAAAAGGGAAGAACAAUGUGAAUGCGAUUAGCACACAGUUGUAAACACUAUUCUUUUUUUUCCUCCUUGGGUGUAAGCUAAAAGCUGCUGAGUAAUUUAAGUAAUCAUCGAAAUGUUCUUGGAACGAUGAACCGAACCAUUUUUAAAUUAUUGUCUGUACAGUGUAUGAAAAAAAUGAUGACUUUUUCACAAUAAAAAUCAACAGUAUCGUU